AGGAAUCAGGAUAAGAAGGACCGGUCGUACUCCGCAGUACAGGAUUUGAAGGUGUGAAGUUCUAAUAUUUAUCAUGGAUCGUGAGGACGGAUUCAAUCGGAGCAGAGGCAGUGAGGGACGUGGUGGAUUUCGUGGACGAGGGAUCAACGAUGAUUCUCCAGGCGUGGACGUGGAGAUUUUGACAAUCGCAAUUCUGGCCGAGGAUUUCGAGGAGGAUUCCGGAGCGGAGACCGUGAAGGUUAUCGUGGUAGAGAAGACUUCAACUCGAGGGAUCGAAACCCCGGGGAUGAUCGUCGUGGUUCCUUCCGUGGUGGAUUCAAUCGUGGGUUUUCUCGUGGAGGAUUCAGAGAUCGUGCUGACCGGGAUCGUAGUCCUAUUAGAGAUCGUAGGCCGAGAAACGAUUCAUUUCGUGGACGUCGCGAUGGCGAAGGGGGACGCGGGGGAUUCCGCGGAAGUUUCAGAGGUGAAUCUCGUGGCUUUCGUGCUCGUGGAGGAGGUGGAGAUUUCCGCCGCGAAGGUUUUUCGGGAGAUCGGAACAAAGGGUUUGUUGAUUGCUGAUCCUUACAUGGGAGGUGAUCGGCGUUCUGAGUGGGUUGAUCGGAGCCGUGACGAUAGGAGAAGCAGUUGGGGAGAUGCUGAAGCCAAAGGUGGGCCCAGUGUGAGGUCCUACGGUGCCAGCGGUGACAGCUAUCGGAGGGAUCCUCCUUCAAGUGGAUAUGGCGAACGUUCAAGCAGAGGUUACGGCACUUCUGCACCUGGAGAUGCCCCUGGUUCACGCUAUGAGUCCUCGUACGGGGACGUGCACGAUCGAAAAUCGCAGGAGGUGAAGCCGUUGUUGAGCCUGCCGGCCUCCUCGUCUUACGGCUACAGAAGCAGUCCAGUCGAUUCUGCCCUACCUUCGUCGGACGUUGGGUUUCCCGUCCGCCCUGCGCACGACGGAUACCGCCAGAAAUAUUGA